AUGCGUCUCACCGCCCUCACUGUUGGAGCCAUGGCUCUUGCCGCUCCUCUGGUCUCCGCCGCCGUUCGCCACGAGCGAGGACUUGUCGACCCUGCUGAGCACCCCGCUGGUCACCUUUUCAACAAGCGCGCUGAGCGUCACAGCAUCACCAAGCGUCAGCUCGCCAACGUCUCCAAGAACGGCAUGCCUUACCCCCCCGCUGGCGCCGAUCCUCCCCCUGCCAGCUCGCUUCCCAAAGCUUGGGUUGACCGUUACAACGAGAAGAAGGCCGCUGGUCUCGUCCCCAACAUUCCUCCCUCCAUCACUGACCCCAACACCCGCGCCACUGUCUACCCUGCCGGCACCGACAUGACCAAUGUCUGCUCCUGGACCGUGCAAAAGUGUGACACUGGCGAUAUUUGGUUGGCCCCGGACAACUACGUCUCCAUCACUUUCGACGACGGUCCCACUCCUCAGUCGUCUGAGCUCAUCAGCUACCUUCAGGCUCAGCGUCAGAGCGCCACUCACUUCCUCAUCGGCAGUGCCAUCGUCUGGAACCCCACCGCCAUGGACGAGUACGUCAAAGCCGACCCACCCAUGCAUCUUGGUAUUCAUACCUGGUCACACACCCUUCAGACUGGUAAGACCGACCUCGAAAUCCUUGGUGACCUUGGCUGGACCAUGCAGAUCAUCUACGAUCUGACUGGAUCCGUCCCCAUGUACUGGCGCCCUCCCGAGGGUGACGUCGACGCCCGUGUCCGUGCCAUUGCCACCCAGGUCCUCGGUCUCCAGACCGUCAUGUGGAACAAGGACGCCGACGACUGGUGUCUCCGCCAGGGUAACGGCACUGCUCAGCUGGAGACCUGCACCACUGGUGUUGGUGCUACCAAACAGGGUGUCAUCCGCGAGAUGACCAGCUGGGCUACUGACAGCAACCGUACUGGUUUCAUCUCGCUCGAGCACGAGACCACCGACCAGGCCAUCGAUGCCUUCAAGUCCUACCACCGCGCUCUUAAGGCCAACAACUGGAACGUCGGCGCUGUUCCCGAACUCCAGGGCUUGCCUUACUACCAGAACCAGUGGAACCUCACCUCGAAGAAGGAGCCCGUCGACAGUAUUCUCCCCACUCGUGAGCCAAUCAACGUUGUUCACUCUGACGCUCCUCGUGGCAGCUCCCGUGCUCCUGACACCGGUGCCUUCGCCAACCUCGACGGCAGCGGUGCCAGCGCUCAGGCUUCUUCUUCUGCCGCUGCCUCUGCUUCCACUGGCUCCAGUGGCUCCAGCGGAUCCCGCGGCUCCAGCGGCUCCAGCGGCUCCAGUGGCUCUAAGGCUUCCAGCUCCGGAAGCUCUGGUAGCUCCUCCGGCAGCAGCAGCAGCACUUCCUCUCAGUCUUCCAAGUCGGGUGCUUCCAACCUCAUCGCUGGUGCUUCCACUGUUGCUUUCGGAGCCGUCGCUGCUGCCGUUGCUCUCCUUCUCUAA